UUGGUUGAAAUAGAUACACUUACACAACACAUCUGUGAGAGAGAGAGAGAGAGAGGCAUAACCUAGCUUCUGUGUGAGCACGACCCAAACCAGAAGCAGCCAUGGCCACGGCAAGAACUGUGAAGGACGUUUCACCACACGAGUUCGUCAAGGCUUACUCUGCUCACCUCAAACGAUCUGGGAAGAUGGAGCUACCAGAGUGGACAGAUAUUGUGAAGACUGCAACAUUUAAAGAAUUGGCUCCUUAUGAUCCUGACUGGUACUAUGUUAGAGCCGCUUCCAUGGCUAGAAAGAUCUACUUGAGAGGAGGACUUGGUGUUGGUGCAUUUCAGAGGAUCUAUGGUGGGAGCAAGAGGAAUGGUAGUCGCCCUCCUCACUUCUGCAAGAGCAGUGGUGCCAUUGCUCGCAACAUUCUUCAACAGUUGCAGAACAUGAACAUCAUUGAACCUGAUACCAAGGGUGGAAGGAGAAUCACUUCCAGUGGCCGCCGGGAUCUCGACCAAGUGGCUGGACGGAUUGUGGUUGCACCUUGAUCUCUAAACUGUCAUCAAGGUUUUGGUUUCUUAUUGAAGAGACGUGAGACAACAGAUUAUGGGCAAAUUUUGAUUUUAGACCGUGUCUUUUAUGUAUUGGACAUGUUUCAAUGUUAUGUUUCUUUUAAUAUUUUAGAUGAUAUUGCCACAUUUAUUUUUCAGAGUUUUUUUGGACCCUUUCAUUCUGAACAUUCUUGUUCUUCGAGUGUCUUUUAACUAUGAAAUUAAAAUUUUU